AUGGAUCGUCCUAAGAUGAUGUUCUCUUUAAUCAAGGGUAGCGACAUCUACGCUGACGUCCGCUUGAUGACCUUUGACGGCUUCGUCAUUCCCUUUCACAGGGUGGUCUUUGUACUCAAGCAGCUCAAGGGUUGCAAGCUCGAGACUCUUGCCCCUAUCCGCCUUGAGUUUGAUGGUCAGACUGUCUGGAGAGUCAUCUCCUUCCUCUACGACGGUACAUACCAGGAUGAGGAUGAGGACCUGACUUUCCCCAAGGUCGAAGUCCCUGCUUCCCCCACGUCAGCCAACAGACCGAGCAACGCUCCUACCGAGAAUCAAGAGGUUGCUCUGGUUCAGGGUUUCCGCAAGCUGCACAUCACUUCCCAGUCUUGCGCAUCUGUCACUCUGCUCAAGGCUUUGGCCAGUGUGAAGGUGUACCAGGCCGCUAGCGAUUGGGACAUUGAUCGUCUCAUGAUCGAGGCUGGUCAGAGAUUCGGUGGUUAUGUCUCUGGUGCCUUCGACAAGGACGACUUCCCUCAGUUUGUUGAUGCAGUCUUGAACUCGGUCACUGGCCCUGCGGAGCUGCUGUACGACCACCUCGUCCUGGAGUGCUUCAUUCACUGUCAGCAGCUGGUCAACAACACAAACUUCCUCACCGUUCUCGAGCACAACAGCAAGCUUGCUGUUCGCCUCUACCGUGAACUGGCCAGAUUCCAAGCCUCUUACAACCAUGGCGCAUCGGCCGUGUCGCCUCCUGCUCCUUCUGCCCUCGGUGCUNNGGCAGCUCCACUUCUGACACCGCCUCUUCUGCCUCUCCCCCUCCUUCAGGAUCAACUCACUCAGGCUCACAAUGCCAACUCUGUCAAGGACGAGCAGAUCAGCAUUCUUGAGCAGGAGGUUGCCCGCCUCAAGAAGCCUACUCAAGGAAAGACCUCCUCGGCCGAUCUGGAGGCUCGCAUCUUGAGGCUGAACGCCGAGAAGGCUGACAAGGUUACGAUCAUCGACAACCUUGAGGGUCAGCUCGACCAGAAGGACGACAAGAUCAAUGAUCUUGAACGCGUCCUUGCCGAUGCCAACAAGCGCAAUGCUGCGCUUGUUCGCCAGAUCAACUCGAAGCGCGCAGGUCAGCCUGACAGCACCUCCAUCCUUCUCGAGCGCAACGAAGCUCACGAGAACGCUAAGAAGCUGCAGGCCCGCCUGACUGCCUCCGAAACCAAGACUAAGGAGCUUGAGGCUCUGCUGGCUACUCACGCGCAGCAGCCCAUCAUCGUCAACUCGGCCUUUGUUCCCCAGCCUAACACCAACGGCAAUGCCCAGCCGCCUCACCCUACCACCAAUGGCACCUCCCAGCCCCUUCGCUCCACCACCAACGGCAACGCCCAGCCGCCUCACUUUACCACCAACGGUACCGCUCAGCUUCCUCACUCUACCACCAAUGGCACCACCCAGCCCCCUCAGAACGGUAGGCGCGAGAUCAUUGGCUUUGGUUCGAUGGAUGCUUCGAUGAACAGCAUCGGUCUUGGCUCGACCUCCGCUGCAGCUUCUGCAAGCCCUACAUCGCCUACUCCCACUGCUCGUACUAUCCCGGCUCCUGUCGCACAAAACGGCGUUUCUGGCGGACCGGCUUCCUUCAUCGACAAGCUCCGACGCUCUCAGGCUGCGGGCAUCAAUGGCGGCAGUACCACUUCCAGCCAGGCUCCGCCCAGUAUGCCUGUUCGUACACGUGGUGAGUCUACCGAGGGUGAGCAGCCUACGCGCUCCCCCAGCACUGCACCUUCAGCCAGCAGCACCGUCACCGUCACCGCUUCUUCGCUUGCCAACGGCGCUUCUCGUGGCCCUCAUGCUGCCCUCGGUCGCCGUUCGGCUGGCCCUCACUCGCCUCGGGUUAAUGGAGGUCCUCACACUGCUUCAGGAACCCCCAGUGUCGCUGCUAGCCCUCGCGUCAACGGCACCGCUCAGCCCUCUACUCCUCUUGUGAACGGUCACGCAGUCACUCCCGGUGUCGCCUCUGCUAGCGCUCAUGCCGCUGUUCCCGCUGGUACUCCUUCAGCUUCUGCUGUGGGUACUCCUCUUACCACUCCUUGUGCCGCCCCUGCUGCACCCGCCGCUACUUCUGCCACCGUGCCUAACGGUCAGGGCAGUUCCUCUGCCGAUGAGAGCGACAGAAUCAUCGGACAGCUGAGAACAGAGAACACCUUCCUUCGAAAUCAGCUGAACGAUGCCCGCCAUGGUCGCGGCGGUCACGGCGGUCCUGGCGGUCCUGGUGGUCCUGGUGGUCUUGGCGGUCCUGGCGGUCACGGUGGUGGCAGUGCACGUCUCGAGCGCGUGCUGAAGGCACUGAGGGAGUACGACCUCGACCACAAGGCCUGCAACGAUUGCAGCAUCAACUUCAACGCUCAGUGGCGUGGUAUGGUUGACAACAUCGACAACCCUGACUUGAUUCUGAUGUGCAACAAGUGCGGCAACGAGAAGUGUCGCUGGCGCUGCUAA